GCCAAAACAUCAUAAACCGUAGAAAUGCUUCCUGGUUUUCGUUUCAGUUUCCAGAUCUGAACCGUUUUGCAGGAAGUUCCGUUCAAGCUCGAAUUUUCCGUCGAACGAACCUGCAUUUUGCGGUAGAUCCGAAUCUGAGUAUGAUCUUUCUGGUUGAGGAAUUCGUGUUGAAGUUGUGAAAAACUUCGGAUUGCUCAUUUGUGGGUGAACUUAAAUGGAAGAUCCAGUAGUACAACCCGGGGAAGACCCAAAGGCGAAACCCCAAGUUCCGCAGAAGCAAGUCCCAGCCGAUUCAUCGGAAAUUGAGAAAGAAGUUGCGAAAGCUGCGAAAUCCUCGGGUGCCGCUUCAAAGGUGUCGGCACCGACAAGUUCCGUUAGGAAGAAACUGGAGCCAAAAGGCAGUUUGGAUUCUUCUUCGAGUUCGAAGAAAUCAACUCUUACUGGCUCCUCGCCGAGUUCCAAUUCGGCUCCGAGGGUGAGGCGAAACAGCACCGGCGGAUUGGCCGAGAAGGCGACUGUUGCCUCUGCCGCGAAGCAGAACAAUGCCGCUGCUGUCGCUGGGAAGAAGAACGCGGAGCCUGUGAGGCGGUCUCUCCACGAACUUAGGAGUUCUUUGCCUACAGUGGCUACGAAGCCUUCGAACAGAACGAGUGCUUCGGAAACUAGAAAGUCAACUCCGGCGACGCCAUUGGAUCGCAGUUUGAGAAGGUCGACCGAUUCUGAUGUGACUAAGCACACUUCUGUUAGUAGGUCGUCAGCCAAGCCAUCAUUAUCAGUUUCUUCUGCCUCUUCUGCUUCUUCUUCAAGAAGGGUACCUUCAACUUCGGUAGAUAGUACCGGGGGCAGUACAAUUGGGAAGACGGUUUCAAAGCUGUCUUCUCCGUCUUCUCGAUCACCUACGUUCACUAGUGGAUUGAGAUCUGCGUCUCUAUCAUCGUCUUUGGAUCGAGGUUCUAAUUUAUCUGGACGCAGGAAAGCGGCGGCUACUCCCGAAAGCAGGGAUUCGAAGUUCAUUGUUCUUCCCCAGGUGGAGAUAAAAGCCGGUGAUGAUGUGAGGCUGGAUCUUAGAGGUCACAGGGUCCGCAGUCUCACUGCUAGUGGGUUGAACUUGUCUUCAAAUUUGGAGUUUGUUUAUCUUAGAGACAAUCUCUUGUCUACAUUGGAGGGAGUGGAGAUAUUGUCAAGGGUGAAGGUUCUUGAUUUGAGUUUCAAUGAUUUCAAAGGGCCAGGAUUUGAACCUCUUGAGAAUUGCAAAGCCCUACAGCAAUUGUAUCUAGCUGGAAAUCAAAUCACAUCACUCGCAAGCCUUCCUCAACUUCCUAAUCUGGAGUUUCUCUCAGUUGCUCAGAACAAGUUAAAGUCUCUUUCAAUGGCAAGUCAACCACGGUUGCAGGUAUUAGCUGCUAGCAAAAAUAAAAUUUCAACACUAAAGGGUUUCCCUCAUUUACCUGUCCUUGAGCAUUUGCGAGUUGAGGAGAAUCCAAUCCUGAAAAUGCCUCAUUUAGAAGCAGCUUCUAUUUUGCUUGUUGGUCCUACGUUGAAAAAGUUCAAUGAUAGAGAUCUUUCCCGGGAGGAGGUGGCACUUGCCAAGCGGUAUCCUGCACAUACGUCUUUGUGCAUCAGAGAUGGUUGGGAGUUUUGUCGUCCAGAGCAGGCAAAAGAUUCAACAUUUCGUUUUCUUGUCGAGCGAUGGAAAGAUCAUUUGCCUUCAGAUUACCUGGUCAAGGAAGCGUACGUGGAUCAACCUUCUGAAGAAGAUGCUUGUCGCUGUCACUUUACUUUUGUGCAAGAGAGCACUUUGAGCAUUGAUUCGCAAUUAGUUUUAAGAUAUCAAUGGUUUGUUGGGGACAGAACGACUUCAAAGUUCACUCUUAUUCCUGAUGCCACAGGGGAGGUUUACUGGCCCAAGCAUGAAGACAUUGGUAGAAUAUUGAAAGUGGAGUGUACUCCCAUACUGGGAGAAGUGGAGUACCCUCCUAUAUUUGCCAUAUCUUCGCCAAUUUCACGAGGAAGUGGAAUUCCGAAGGUUGUGACCCUUGAUGUUCACGGGGAGCUAGUGGAAGGAAACAUUAUAAAGGGCCAUGCUGUGGUUGCAUGGUGUGGAGGGACUCCAGGGAAAGGUGUUGCCAGUUGGUUGAGGAGAAAAUGGAACAGCAGCCCCGUUGUAAUUACUGGAGCUGAAGAUGAGGAGUAUUUGUUGACCAUAGAUGACAUUGAUUCCAGUUUGGUUUUUAUGUACACACCAGUGACAGAAGAAGGUGCCAAAGGCGAACCUCAAUAUAAAUACACCGAUUUUGUAAAAGCAGCUCCUCCUUGCGUUUUGAAUGUCCAAAUUGUUGGAGACACUGUUGAAGAACUUACCAUCAAGGGAGUUGGUGAUUACUUUGGAGGAAGGGAGGGUCCCAGCAAUUUUGAAUGGUUGCGUGAGAAUCUAGACACUGGAGACUUUAUGUUAGUAUCAACGGGUACAGUUGAGUAUACCUUGUCCAAGGAAGAUGUUGGACGACGUUUGGCAUUCAUAUAUGUACCUAUUAACUUUGAAGGGCAAGAAGGGGAAUCUAUUACAGUAGUGUCUCAUGUGGUGAAGCAAGCACCUCCAAAGGCAACAAAUGUUAAGAUAAUUGGUGAAAUAAGGGAGAACAGUAAGGUUACUGUAACUGGAAUUGUUACUGGAGGAACUGAAGGGUCUAGCAGAGUACAAUGGUUCAAAACAAGUUCUUCAACUUUGGAUGGUGAGAAAGGCCUUGAUGCUUUGAGCACAUCCAAGAUUGCCAAGGCGUUCCGCAUACCUUUAGGUGCCGUAGGGUAUUACAUUGUUGCCAAAUUUACACCCAUGACCUCAGAUGGUGAAUCUGGUGAACCGGCAUAUGUUAUAUCGGAGAGAGCAGUAGAAACCCUUCCUCCAAGCUUAAAUUUCUUUUCCAUUACUGGGGAUUACACUGAAGGCGGAAUCUUGACAGCAUCCUAUGGCUACGUGGGAGGUCACGAAGGAAAAAGUAUCUAUAAUUGGUAUCUUCAUGAGAUUGAAAAUGACUCGGCUAGUCUAAUACCCGAGGUCUCAGGAGUUCUUCAGUAUCGUAUUACCAAAGAUGCUAUCGGUAAAUUUGUUUCUUUCCAAUGCACCCCAGUGCGCGAUGAUGGGAUUGUUGGUGACCCAAUAACUUGCUUUGGUCAGGAACGUGUUCGCCCUGGAAGUCCGAGAUUGCUUUCUCUACAAAUAGUUGGAAAUUCCAUCGAAGGAACUACGCUAAGUAUUGACAAAAAAUAUUGGGGUGGUGAAGAAGGAGAAUCUAUUUUUCGCUGGUUCCGGACGAGUUCAGAUGGCACACAAAGUGAGAUCAGCGGUGCUUCCACUUGUUCAUAUAUGCUCUCACUUGGUGACAUUGGCUUUUUCAUCUCAGUGUCUUGUGAACCAGUUAGAAAUGACUGGGCUCGUGGGCCUACUGUUCUCUCGGAACAAAUCGGACCAAUUGUACCUGGUCCCCCUACUUGUCACUCCUUGGACUUUGUUGGGUCAAUGAUAGAAGGUCAACAACUGAGCUUUAUUGCAUCUUAUUGUGGAGGGGAGAGAGGAUCUUGUUUCCACGAAUGGUUUAGAGUGAGGAGCAAUGGUGUCAGAGAGAAACUUAGUACUCAUGAGUUCCUGGAUUUGACUCUGGAUGAUGUGGGGUCGUGUAUUGAACUCAUUUACACUCCCAUACGCGAGGAUGGAAUGAAAGGGAGUCCUAGAAGCGUUCUAUCGGAUGUGAUUGCUCCUGCGGAUCCUCUCGGAAUGGAGCUUGUAAUCCCUGAUUGCUGUGAGAAGGAGGAGGUUGUCCCAAAAAAGACAUAUUUUGGAGGACAAGAAGGUGUUGGAGAAUACAUUUGGUAUAGAGCAAAGAGCAAGCUGGGAGGAACUGCACUAAAGGAAAUAUCUGAUGCAUCUGAAGACGUUCUUGUAUGCAGUAAAACACUAACAUAUACACCAUCACUUGAAGAUGUCGGGGCUUAUUUGGCUUUAUAUUGGUUGCCCAUUCGUUCUGAUGGCUCAUGUGGAAAGCCAUUAGUUGCAAUUUGCAACUCUCCAAUUGUGGCAGCUCUCCCUGUAGUUUCUAAUGUACAUGCUCUAGAGUUGUCUUCUGGUAUUUAUUCUGGAGAAGGAGAAUAUUUUGGUGGAUACGAGGGACUGAGCCUGUUUAGCUGGUACAGAGAAACUAAUGAUGGAACUAUCAGUCUUAUUAAUGGAGCCACUUCUAGAACUUAUGAAGUUACUGAUGACGACUACAACUGUCGUCUAUUGUUUGGCUACACACCCGUUCGUUCAGAUUCUCGUGUCGGAGAACUCAGGUUGUCUGAGCCGACUGAUAUCAUUCUUCCAGAGCUUCCACAAGUGGAGGUGCUUGCUCUCACUGGAAAGCCAAUUGAAGGCGAUGUGCUAACUGCUGUUGAAGUAAUCCCAAAGAGCGAGACCGAACAGUCUUUAUGGAACAAGUAUAAGAAAGAUGUUAGAUACCAAUGGUUUUAUUCAUCAGAAGUGGGAGAUGAGAAAACCUUUGAACCAUUACCUGCACAACGUUCGUGCUCCUACAAGCUGCGGUUAGAAGACAUUGGACGAUGUUUAAGAUGUGAAUGCAUUGUGACUGAUGUAUUUGGAAGAUCAAGUGAACCUGCGUUUGCUGAAACAGAACUUAUACAGCCAGGGAUUCCUAGAAUAGACAAGCUGGAGAUUGAGGGUAGGGGUUUCCAUACCAAUCUUUAUGCUAUCCGUGGUGUUUAUAGUGGAGGAAAAGAAGGAAAAAGUAGAAUUCAGUGGCUUAGGUCAAUGGUUGGAAGUCCCGAUCUUAUCUCUAUACCAGGAGAGUUAGGGAGAAUGUAUGAAUCAACUGUUGACGAUGUGGGGUACAGGCUGGUAGCCAUAUAUACUCCUGUUAGAGAGGAUGGAGUGGAGGGACAACCUGUCUCUGCAUCAACAGAUCCCAUUGCAGUUGAGCCUGAUGUUCUUAAAGAAGUGAAGCAGAAGCUUGACCUUGGAUCUGUGAAGUUUGAGGCAUUGUGUGACAAGGACCGAUCUCCCAAAAAGUUUCCCGUAGUGAGCAGUCUCGAGAGAAGAAUUCUUGAAGUCAAUAGAAAAAGGGUCAAGGUUGUGAAGCCAGGUUCCAAGACUUCUUUUCCCACUACAGAAGUUCGUGGUAGUUAUACACCUCCAUUUCAUGUGGAGCUGUUCCGGAAUGAUCAACAUCGGAUUAAAAUCGUAGUUGAUAGCGAGAAUGAGGUAGAUCUGUUCGUGCAAACUAGACACCUCCGAGAUGUUAUUGUGCUCGUGAUCAGAGGCCUUGCGCAGCGAUUCAACAGUACAUCCCUCAAUACUCUCCUCAAGAUGGAAACAUAAACUAAAUCCAUAUGAUGAGUUUAUCCAAUAUUUAUUGUCUAUCAAAACAUCUCAUUUUUCUCAUUGUUUUCAAUACAUGAUAGCCAUUGGCCGUAUGUCGUGUAGAGAAAAACAAUUUGGUGUAUAGUAAUUAGGUUUCUGGUGUCAAAUUAUUAUAAAUUAUGAGACAUUAGCAAAA